AUGGGACCCCAACAUUGGAGACCUGUGCAACUGCUCUGCCUCCUAGGGGCCAUCUCCACUCUGCCUUGGGUUGGAGCUCUUUUGUGCUAUGAAGCAACAGCUUCACUCUUCAGAGCUGUUACUCUCCGUAACUGGAAAUGGCUUCUGAUGAGGAGCAUGGUGUGUAAGCUGAGUGAGGGCUGCGAGGAGACACUGGUGCUCAUCGAAACAGGAACCAGAAGGGGAGUUGUGGGUUUUAAAGGCUGCAGCCCAGCCCCAUCUUAUCCCCAGCAAGUCUCCUACCUCGUUUCACCGCCUGGAUUGUCCAUUGCCUCUUACAGCCGUGUCUGCCGGACAUAUCUCUGCAAUAACCUCACCAAUUUGGCUCCUUUUGUGAAACUCAAAGAGAAUGCUCCUAAGCCUACAGCAUUUUCUUCCCAUAGUUGCCCAACCUGUGUGGGCGAGCACUCUAAAGAUUGUCUCCCAAGUUUUGUCACUACUGAUUCUUGCCCCUACGACGCUCCUAAGUGUUACAGUUCCACCUUAAAAUUUCAAGCAGGGUAUCUCAAUACCACCAUCCUCCUCAUGGGCUGUGCUCGUGACCAUCACAAAAUUUUAGCACAUGCUCACCAUAUUGGGUACAUCAGAGUGACUGAGGUCCUCAACAUCUUAGAGAGGGCUCAGAUUGCUGGUGCAAAGCCUAUCAAGUGUCCUGCUUGGGGCAUUCUCUCAGGGCUCCUGCUUGCCUUCAGGAAUUAA